GAGAAGGUACGAACUUAAGAAGAAAGAGAAGAAACGUACAUAUACAGUUCCACGUUGGAGUCUCCAUCACCGUUUCCAUUUUUAGUCUGCAAAAUAUUUGGAUUUGGAUACCAGGAUGGUAAAAAAUGGAGAGUAGAACUCAUCGUCAUCAACCUUACUGGGACUGUGAACGAGACUGUAGUUUCGUAACGAUGAAUCCAAAAUUGGAACCCUAACUGGCUAUUCCUUCAUCUCCGAUUGCGGUUUAUUGAUUUCCGAUCAGGAACCUCGCAGCUGUAUCCGCCAAACUGCAAUAGCCGACGAAAUUCCGCGUUGGAAUCUGCGUUGUCUAGUUCGCCCCGAAGAUCCACAAGCACCCUUUACCCAGUCGGAGUUCCCACUGGGUGAGGACUCGGGGAAUUCGGCAUUGUCUCUGCGAAGUUAGGGUUUUUCUUAGCCAUGGCGACGUCCAGCUGGCGUGAUACCUACAAGGGGAUGUCAUCCGAUAAUGUGAAGGGUCUUUGUCUUGCUCUGUCGUCUAGCUUCUUCAUCGGUGCCAGUUUCAUUGUGAAAAAGAAAGGCUUGAAGAAGGCUGGUUCUAUCGGAGUUAGGGCAGGGAAUGGAGGCUACUCUUACUUGUAUGAGCCUCUUUGGUGGGUGGGCAUGAUAACAAUGAUUGUUGGAGAGAUAGCUAAUUUUGCAGCUUAUGCAUUUGCUCCAGCUAUACUGGUUACCCCACUUGGUGCUCUGAGCAUUAUUAUCAGUGCUGCACUUGCUUAUGUUAUUUUACAGGAGAAGCUACAUUUGUUUGGAAUUCUUGGUUGUGUUUUGUGUGUUGUGGGUUCAACAACAAUUGUUCUACACGCACCUCAAGAGCGAGAAAUCACAUCAGUGACAGAAGUUUGGGAUCUUGCUAUGGAUCCAGCAUUUAUCUUAUAUGCAGCUUUGGUUCUAAUAGCUGUCUUCAUUCUCAUCAUCUACUUUAUUCCACUCUAUGGCCAGACACACAUAAUGGUCUAUAUUGGUGUUUGUUCCCUUGUAGGUUCUCUAUCGGUCAUGAGUGUUAAGGCACUCGGAAUUGCCUUGAAGUUAACUUUGUCAGGGAUGAAUCAACUUCUUUAUCCCCAAACUUGGGUAUUCACGCUAGUUGUAAUCAUUUGUGUUCUUACCCAAAUGAAUUAUUUAAAUAAGGCACUGGAUACUUUCAAUACAGCAGUGGUGUCUCCCAUAUAUUAUGUUAUGUUCACUUCGUUAACCAUUUUGGCUAGUAUUAUCAUGUUUAAGUUGAAGGCUCGUUGGCAGUGAUUGUAGUUUAACCUUAGUAUUUUUUUUAUGCAUUUUAUAUAUACUGUAUCCUAAGUUGUAAUUACAGAAGACAAAGCAAUGGUAAAAGAUAGAGAUUAAGGGAGACAGGUUAAAAUUUGUUGUUGUUUGUUUGUCUUAACCUGUUACUUCAAAUAGACUCUUUGUUCACUUCUUGGAAAUUGGACAUGUUCUAAUCUUUAUUUAAUAUUUAUACAAGAUCCCUAGCUUAAAAUCGUAGGCAAAUGAUCAACCAUGUUACUUUUUGCCUUGUUUGGUAUCAUAGAAAGGAAAGGAAAAGAUUGAUGGGUUAUCUUAUACUUUGAUAUGAUAGGAUGGAAAGGGAGAGACAUUUCCCUAUGUCUUGCAUGAUGGAAGGGAAAGGAAAUAAUAUCUAGAGAUGUCAAAUUACUUUAUUCUAAGAUUCUUAUUUUUCAUUUUUUUAUGUAUAAUUUAACUUCGCUUUCUUUUCUAUUUAUCUUAAAUUAUUUGUGUGAGGCCCACAGCAAAAAAUCUCCUCCUCUUUUCCUUGCCAUCUUGGAUAGAUGACGUGCGGUGCAAAAUUUGCGUGGGACUCAGCUUUUUCCCAUCCCCAAUUCUUCCCCUUCUUUUUAAAGAAAUACAAGCCCAUGAAAGAAAGUCCUAAUCCCUCCCAUAUUUCCUUCCCUAAGAAGUGAGGUGACGUUGGCUAUAUAUAUAGACUGCAGGACCCCAUUGAGCUUUUAUAAACAACUAGCUAUUAAUAUAUAUCAUUCAAUGUGAGAUUUAGAUCUAUAACUUUCUUUGGUGCCUUUGGUCUCCCUCUUUGUUUUCGAAGGAGGGGUAAAGACCAUCAAUUCAACUCUCUGCAAUGGCGCACCUUUAGCAGCCUUCUUUGCACAUAUUUAAAUCACUUUAGUGGGUUUUCUACCAUUUUUUCGCUGAUAGGUGUGAUACCAAAUGUUCCUUGUAAGGUUGAAAAUUAAAUCCUGUUAAAGAGAAUGACGGCUGGCAAUGAGGAUCAAAGUUCUGAUACCAUGUCAGAACUAGUUAAAAACUUCUGUUAAAUCUAGGCUUAUGACUGGUUUUAUCUUGAAUUUACGUGUGAAUUUGCUAGUUCUAUGGAUAUGUAAUCAUAAAAUUGAUCCCUGAUUUACUUAUGAAUUCG